UACAACCGCCUCCGUGGUCGAGGGGUUAGAGUCGAUGACUUCUAAUCCAGUUACCUCUCUGGCAUGGGUUCGAUCCCCGGGAGAUGCUUUGGUAGUUUAGCGCGGAGGAAGGUAGUCUAGUACUGGUGUAACUCUCCAGGAACGAUGGUUAGGAAACUACCCGCCUAUAUGACUGAAAUACUGUUGAAAAAGGCGUUAAAUGAAACAAACAAACAAACAAAUGACAAUACAGACCAUAUCAAAAGUGUUUUUUUUUUAAAUUCUUUUCAGGAUGAGCGUUUUCGAAGACUACAACACGACAUGUGCCAGUUAUGACAACCAAAGGCAACCAUUAGGUGCUGACAUAGUUGUAGAAAUGCUACGGUUGAAUAUCAAGAAACAAUUAAAGGACGUCCAUAUUCUUGAUGCUGGUUGUGGAACGGGUAAUUACUCCAAAGCUCUCAUCGAAUAUGGUGUUGGAAAAGUAACAUUGAUGGAUGCGUCCAGUGGAAUGCUAGAACAAACUAAGAAGAAACUAGUUAAUGCCAUAGAAAAUAACAUAGUAACCGACGUGGUACAGAAUAAACUUCCAAAAAUACCGUUUGGAAAUGGAACAUUUGAUGCCGUUCUUUUUAGUCUUGUGUUGCAUCAUUUGAAUCCGAGAUCUGAUGGGUUGAACGAUGAGGAAAGGCCAUUCAAGGAAUUGGAGCAAACUAUUGCUGAAGCCAGACGUGUUCUUCGGAACGACGGCGUUCUUAUCAUUAUUGCGCAGUCCGAAGAUGAUAUUAGAAACAACUGGUAUUGUCAAAUCAACAAUGACAUCACAAAGAAAUUUGUCACAAAAUUUGCUUCCUGCAAGCAGUACCAAGAUAUAUUUGAUCGCACCGGAUUUCAGUGCAUCCAGAAGCUGAGACUUCUUGGUACUAUUCUAGACGACCAUCUUAAUCUAGAUGGUCCUUUCCAAAAGGCUUGGCGAGAAUGCGACUCUUACUGGGCAUGCGCUACUGAUGAAGAAUUGAAUGAUGUAAUGCAAACCUUGAAGUCAUUAAAAAAUAAGGGUGAACUUGAUGACUGGGUCAUCGAGCAUGAUAAGGUCAAUAGCCAUGGCAUUCUGACUAUGUUUCUUUGUAAAUGAUUUGUGCCAUUAUUUUUUGAUACAAAUUCUAAUUACUACUCUUUCAAAAAUUUAUAUACACGUACAAGUUCCUUUGUGUUUGAUUAGAAAUUAUAAUAUUUUUGUAUGUUAUGGAACAAAAUAUGCAUAUUGUUUCAUUAUAUUACUAUUAAAAUUCAACUCUUCUAUCGUUUUCCCACUUACCACACAUUUAUGACAUGUUUGUUAACAUCAACUCUUUAAUAAUUAAAGAUCCUGUAACUCAAUUGUUUAUGGUUUUAUAUCAUAAAUAUGAUACUCAAAUGAAGAUGUAUCAAUAUUGUAAGUUCCAAAAAGCAUUAUAUGUAAAAAUGUUACCGUAUUUAAAUUUCAUGUAAAUAAUGGGAGGUAAUUCGAAAUGUUAUUUGAUAAAGUCUAAGCCAAAUGUUUCACUAAGCAUAUAUUUUAAAGCUUAUUUUUAAUGCAAGUAAGCAUUUGCUGUAAAUAUUAUAC